AUGGGAAACACAGCAGGGGCGCUUUCACGUCCAUACAAUUACGCUGCAGCAAGAGGAGAGGCGAAUGGUGCUGACAGCUCAGAGCGCCAGUCUCCGACAAGGGGAACGCCGUUGGCUUCGGUGGAGUCUCCAUCCCUGGGCGCCCUGGUACAGGACAACAGUUCCUCCGUGCCCACAUCUAGCGGCAGACCUGGAACCGGCACGGAGAACCGCCAGAACGCUGCAACACCGACAGCCACGAAGACCGCCGAAUCACAACUCGCUUCACCAGUGGGUGGCAAUCUUCAAUGUGCGGCUCCUACACCGUCUUCAAGCGCAAGUUUGCGAGGAAGUCAGCAGCCGGACGCGUGCGACAGCCACGCGUCGCGGUUGAAUGAGAACGUGCAGGCGAGCGCGGACUCGUAUCCUCCCAUUCACUUCUGCGCGGACACGAACGAGCCGCGGGACCCGUGUAAUGCGCAGUGGUUGCUGCUGUGGACGUACGCUGCCUACGCAUCGCCUAGGCCGAGUAUGGAGGAGCAGCGGCAUCUGCGUGUUUUUUUCGAAGAGUUUCCAGAUCAGUGCACUUUCGGCCCUGCUGCAGGUUGCUACAGAGAAGCUGUGAAGUCUUUCCAACCCAGGGUCGAGAGCCGAAGGGACUUGAUGCUGUGGCUUUGUCUGGUUGAGAACCAAUGCCGGAUGAAGCUGGACAUGCCGACGCGGCCGUGCAGGUACAGCGAGCUGGUCCGUCGGUGGCGGUACGACGACGGGUACCUUUGA